GUAAUAGACUGCGAUAAAUUGGCCCAUGAACUGUAUCAAAAGGGCUCACCAAUGGCUGAGAAAAUUCGUGAAACAUUUGGUGACGACGUUAUAGAGGAUGGUUGUGUGAACAGAAAAGCACUCGGAAAAAUUGUAUUCGCUGAUAAAGUUGGUUGA